GUGCCGGCAAGUGUCAUUUUAGGCAUCAUACGUGUGUAUUUUCCGGUCCUUGUCCUUUCCAAUUAUCACCUUUCUUAGCUAAAGUUAGUCGACGAAGAAUUACACACGAUCAUCGUGAAUUAUUGGACGUGUCGCAAAAUGUUCGGUUCAAUGAAAAUAGUGUUACUUUUAGGUGUAAUUUAUUUAUGUAGGGCUGCCGAAGAGGAUGUCCUAGAACUUACAGAUUCUGAUUUUUCUGCGGUCAUAUCUCAGCAUGAUACCGCACUAGUCAUGUUUUACGCUCCAUGGUGUGGCCACUGUAAGAGAUUGAAGCCGGAAUACGCAGUAGCUGCCGGUAUAUUGAAGAACGAUGAUUCUCCAGUAGUUUUAGCUAAAGUUGACUGCACGGAAGGUGGAAAGUCCACUUGUGAACAGUACUCAGUGUCUGGGUACCCCACACUGAAGAUAUUUAGGAAAGGAGAGCUUUCUCAAGAGUACAAUGGACCCAGAGAGUCUAAUGGCAUUGUCAAAUACAUGAGAGCACAAGUUGGACCUAGCUCCAGGGAUCUGCUCACUGUUGCCGACUAUGAAGCCUUCCUGAACAAGGAUGAUGUGGUGGUUGUUGGCUUCUUCGAGAAGGAGACUGACCUCAAGGGCGAAUUCCUCAAGACUGCAGACAAGAUGCGCGAGGAGGUUACUUUCGGACAUUCCACAGCUAAGGCUGUUCUUGAGAAGAGUGGUUACAAGAACGAUGUAGUGUUGUACCGUCCCAAACGUCUCCAGAACAAGUUCGAGGAAUCGUUCGUCGUGUACAAGGGAGACCCUGAGUCCUACUCUGUCAAGGCUUUUAUCAAGGAGAACUACCAUGGCCUGGUCGGAGUCAGACAGAAGGACAACAUGCAAGACUUCGCCAACCCCCUGGUGGUCGCUUAUUACGACGUCGACUAUGUCAAGAACCCUAAAGGCACCAACUACUGGAGGAACCGCGUGCUCAAGGUCGCGAAAGAAAUGCCAUCAGUGACUUUCGCUGUGAGCGACAAGGACGACUUCACCCACGAGCUGAACGAGUUCGGCAUCGACUUCGCGACGAAGGACAAGCCCGUGGUGGCCGGCCGGGACCUCGACGGGAACAAGUUCGUUAUGGCCGACGAGUUCAGCAUCGAAAACGUGUUGGCAUUCGCCAAGGACCUCGUAGCUGGCAAGCUGGAGCCUUUCAUCAAAUCCGAGGCUGAGCCCGAAGACAACAGCGGACCAGUCAAAGUGGCAGUUGGCAAGAACUUCAAGGAGUUGGUGACUGACAGCGGACGCGACGCCUUGGUUGAGUUCUACGCGCCUUGGUGCGGACAUUGCCAGAAGUUGGCGCCGGUGUGGGAAGAGCUGGGUGAUAAGCUCAAGAACGAGGAAGUGGACAUAAUCAAGAUUGACGCGACGGCCAACGACUGGCCCAAAUCGCUGUUCGAGGUGUCCGGCUUCCCCACCAUCUACUGGAAGCCCAAAGACACCAGCAAGAAACCUGUCAGAUACAAUGGUGGCCGUGCCUUAGAAGAUUUCAUCAAGUACGUCGCAGAGCAGGCCUCCAGCGAACUCAAGGGCUGGGACAGGAAGGGCAACGCCAAGAAGGAAGAGUUGUAAACAUUGUGAUGUAAACUUUCCAUGAAAGAUCUGUGAGUGAAUAGUGUGUUAAGUGUGAAUGCUGCCUUAGGAACACUUGGUGGCAUUUUCUAAACUUCCAUUGAAAUUUGAAUCUUAGAACCAAUGUGUGCUUGAAAUAGUUUUGAAAUACUGCUUAGUAUGAUAAGACCAUUGUCUCGUCAAACACACUCUAAUGAACUCUGGGCUUAAUAGCAACAGCUAAGAAUUCAACCAGGGCAAACACAUGCAGUAAAACAUAUCAAUUUGUAAAGAAAUAGUUCAUAGGUCAUGCUUUAUAGAUUCUAUUUUGUAAUACCAGUGACACUAUUGCUUAUGACAUCAACUUUUUUCUAUAAGGUUAUCUUAUAGCACAAACUUCAGAAGCAUAAAUCCUAAGUACUUGUGAAAUAGUACACAUUCCUCAGAUGUGUCACCAAGUCUCCAAAUCGGCUUUUAAGUUAGGUCGCUCUAAAUACAGUAAUUUGAAUGCAUUUCUAUUUGUCAGUGGGAUACUAAAUAAAUUAGGUUAUUUAUAAUACAAA